AUGGGCAGCCACCGUGAAUCUGACAAAGGUCAGACAAAGAAAAUCGACGAAACUGCAGGGGGGUUGGUUUGGGUGCGCCGCCGGAAUGGGUCAUGGUGGCCUGGUAGGAUUCUGGGACUCGAUGAGCUGCCGAAAAGCUGUUCAGUUUCGCCGAGACCAGGAACACCAGUGAAGUUGCUUGGAAGAGAGGAUGGCAGCAUGUUAGUGCUCAGCUCCUUUACAAACUAUUCUCAGGAAAAAAAGCCCAGUCCAGUGAUUUAGAUCUAAGCUGUUGAUCAUUUUUGGCUCCUUAUUGUAAAUUUGUGCUUCGGGAUUCGCAUGCUUUAUAUUUAGUUAUAUUUAAAUUAUUUUCGACAAUUUUGGUUGAUGUUAUGCUUCUUUAAGGAAUCCGGUUAAUAUGUGUCUCUAAACUGGUUACUGUUUACAGAAUGUCCUUGAUCAUGUGGUUGUUUUUCUUCUGUCAUCUUUUUAUUUGUUUAUGAUUUUGUACUUGUGGCUGCUGGUUUCGCAAUUCGUGGUACAACUAGGACAUCAAUGUUGCUGGAGAGCCUAAUUGCAUGAUAAAGUGAUUUUCCUAUCCAGACUUUCAAUCCUAAAGAAGAAGAUAUUUGGGACCAGUUCUGCAGUGUUUUCAUUUUUUCGUACUCAUGUACCUUCUCUGAGCCCCGCAGAGCAAUAGUUUUAUUGAUGGAAAAACAAUCUUAUCCGGUCCGAAAAUUUGUACCGGCAUGCUAAUGGUAUCCAGAUCAUAGUUUUUGCAGAAGCAACUGAGAUAAAGCUCACCAUGAAAAUUAAAUUUUUGUAGACAGACGGUAUACAUUUAAUCUCUAAUGCAGUCUUUUCAGGGGCUUCCCCGCCAAAUGGAUCUUUCAGGCCAUGCCAAGUUGUAUACUAGCAUUCAGUGUGUCUUCUUUGGGCAGCCUCAUUGGUUUGCUAUGACAACCAAUUUGGAACUGAUUCCCUGGCUUCCUUCACCGUUAAAUCUAUUAAUGUUCUCUAACCACGCUCAUAAUGGCCGCCAAUUUUAAAGGAAUCGCUGGAAUUCCUGUACGAUCAGAGAUGUGUACUCUCCCACUUCAUAUUAGUCAUCAGGUCGAACAAACAAUAUUUGGUGGCAGAUUCUACUUGCCUAGUUUAAUUUUUAAUUUUCUUUCUUCUUUACUAUGUGCAUAAAAAAAAAAAUCAAGUACUAGAAUAUGUUAACAAGUAUUGAAGUUGGUAAGGGUGCAGAGGAUGAGGACAAAGAAUGAAUUAGAGAAAGCUCUUCACAUUUUUUUUAGCCGGCCUCCAUCAUAUCAGAUUAGAGAUUCUACUUUUAUAAAAUUGGUUAGUAAUCCUAUAAUCUUUUGGUUAGUAUGAACUUGUUCGCAUGUCAAUUCAUUAUUGCUUGUGACGUUCAACGAUGCAUGCAAGUGGCCCUUCAAAUAAGAAAUGAGAGGUAGGAAGUGGAUUUUCAGAGUUCUAGAGAAUUUGCAGAGUUCUAGAUCGUCAAGUUUAAUCCUAGAGAGUUCAAUUUUUUUUUACUGGCAAGAGAUUCACAUCUAGUGAAAGCUACAUUUUUCUGCAGAAAGAAAAUUUUCAACUCUAUCUUAUGGAUAUAACAGCCAGGGACUAUGGAUAUAAUGUGGGUCUUCUGUCCCCAUGUACCUGAAAUGCAAUUAUUUUUUGUCUUACAAAGCUUGGAAGUAAGACAGAAAGAUCACCAGAGUAACGUUAUUUGUCUAUGACGAAAGAAGUCAAACAUGUCUUUUCACACCCAUACCCUUGCUUUUUUUGCUAUUUUUUAUUCAAGGCCAUCGCCUGAUCGAAGGAAAAAUAAUGUAUCCAUUUUACACAAGCAAGAAAAAAAAAGUCUUCAUCUCACAUUGACGCUGGACUUCUACCAGCCUAGUUCUGUUGUUAUGCAUCUAUGAAUCACUUUGCCUGAAUGCAAAGAUAGCUUUUUGCUGUCAUUCUGUUUAUUUUCUAAUUGAUACAUGAUCAAUUUCUUUGACUGUGUUUUCUGUGCUCCCAUGGACAUCAAUGAAACAAAUCAUUCUAAUCUAUUUUUCAUUGCCCUGUUGGUCUUCAGGGAUUGGUAUAAUCUUGAAAAAUCAAAGCGUAUAAAAGCAUUUCGUUGUGGGGAGCAUGAUGAAUGCAUUGAAAAAGCUAGGGCUUACGCGGUCCAAUCUAUUAGGGUAGGACCAAAAGAAAGGAAAUAUGCCCGAAGAGAAGAUGCCAUUCUUCAUGCCUUGGAGAUUGAAAAGGCUACCUGCAUGCGAGAAAAGCGGGAGCCUGGCUCAGUAUUUAACAAAGGGAAAGGAAUUGUAAGUUACGUUGGCCUUGGAGAAGAGCAAAGCCAUUUGGCUAAGACAAAAGUCAGUAAAGUUAGAGGAGGGUCAAAUACAAAGGUGUCUCAAGCUAUUGCACCAUUGAAACAAAUGGAGGAUCUAAAUACUGUUGAAGUACCUGUUUUGCAGAAAGAAAGAUGGAAAGCGCCAACUGAUUCGGAGGAUGAUGGUACUGGAGGCUCAAAACGGAUGAGACACCUUCAAGAAUUAGGUUUGGGAGCGGUAUCAAAAAGGAAGCUCAACACAAUCUUCUCGAAUGGGCAGUGUCAACCCCUCCCAGAUAGUUCUCUCACUGUGCCUCAUGUACACUAUGGAUUCUUUAAUUUGAGCAAACCUAGUAGCAAAAUAACUUGCUCACCUUUAAAAGAGGCAACCCAGUUGCCUCAAAUUCAUGAGACGCUAAAGAGGAAGAGUCGCCGUCGUCGGUUAAGUAAGGUUUUGAAGAGUUCUGCCACUGUCGAAGUACCAUCUGUUUUCUGUGAGGAUGGUAAUUCAAGCCUGUCAUCUCUUCGUGGAGUUGCAUCAAACCAAGUUCGUGUUUCUGAAUCUGCUGAGUCAAAGACGAAGGAACAUCCACAAGCAGCCAAUUCUUUUCUGGGAGGAAGUUCGGAGACAUUUUGUGCAGAAGUCUCAUUGGAUACCUGUGAAGAUGACUGUGAACCAGUAUUUGACGGCAACGACUUUAAUUCUCUCGAACUUCUUGAUGAUGGAUUCUUGGAUAUUCCUGUUGUCUGGAAGGAAAUCCAAACUGGAGGUAAGCCUAAUUGUGAUGCCAGUUUUGAUAGAAUUGUACAUUGUCCCGAUGAUAUCCCAUGACGAAUUAUUUUUUCUAUUUCUAUAAAACAUAUAGAGCUUGUUAAUUCUCUAUUUCCCGGUUAACUAUCGUGUUAAAUGCAUGAAAGACAGAAGAUCGAGGUCGAGCAGUGGUUAUGAUUGAGUUCGCUGAUGUACUCAUUCAUUAAUCAUCUAUCCAGGUAUCUGAAUUGUAUGGUUAAAGUUUAACUCUCUCAGUCUAAAGGAGAUCUGAGAUUCUUCUCAUUGUAAUCCCUGAUGUAAUUGUUAACCUUUUUAAAACUUUGCACGUUUGAACUCCCACGGAUGAUGAACCAGAAAUGUUGCUUUCUGGGGUGAGGAACAGGGCUACUGGCUUACAGGAAACGUGAAGGUGCAAUAGUUUUAAAUAUAAUAGCCUUGAGGUAGAGACUUAAUCACAUGUGGAGUCCAUUUAAUAGCUUCAAAUGUGAUUAAUAGUUUAUAUGCUAUCUUCCGGGUUGGGUGUGCGUUACGUAGUGCAUAUGACGAAUGCAUGAUGAUAUUCCGUUCAAUGUGGCAGCCAGCUUGUAGCUUCUUGACAUACUUUGGAUUGUUUUGCUAAAACAUAGCCAAAACCUCGGAUUCUUCAAUAUAAUCAACUAUUCAGGGCAUUGAACUAUACUUAUAGCGACGAUCAUGAUGUUAGAUGGGUGGUAAGGUAAAACCACUAUGCCAUUUCUCUGUGCUUAAAUUGUUUCGGAAAAUUCUUGGUUUGCCAAGCUUCAGAAUCUGACUUUGCCACGUUUCUAAUGUAUAUAAUCAGAAUUUGUUUCCAGAUGGCCGUAUAUAAUCAAAUCCUGUGAUUUAGUGGCGGUGCCUUUGAUCUCAGAAAAAAUGCACAUUUGGUGAUGUUUCGCAUGAGAUCUUCUUAAGCCUAUUCAGUUUAUCUGAAUUGUUGUCAUGUAAAAAUAGUCUUUCGAUCCAUGACAUUGUAUCUUGUCUUAUCUAGAUGUUGACAAGCACACAUCGUAAUGCAAAACCAUCAUUCUCAGCACAGAGUACUCUGCCUUUUACGUGGAUUUCUGCAAUGUUAGUUAUAAGUUACUUUCCUUUUUAUUAUUUUUUUCUGGCUUCCAAUGUGUUAUUUUUCCAUGUCAGAUUUUUCCUGUGGACGUGUACCCAGUGGACCUGGAAAGCUCCAGUCAGGUGCGGUAGAGCGACAAAAUGGUAGACGCUGUAAAGUUAUGAAUGAGUGGAACGAUGCCCUCGAUGUGAACGACUCUUCUAGCUUCUUAGAAAAAGAAACUUCAAAGGAGUAUGCCGAUGUGGAAAGAAAAUAUAAAUGUGGGUGUAGAAGUGCAGAUUAUAGAGGAAAUUUAGUCAGGGUCGAUCAGUCUGAAUCUUGUUUGCUAGAUGCCCCGGAUCUUGAUGUUGGUACAAUUUCCAAGGUCUCAUUUGAUGAGUCCCCUAUUUCUGAUAAUGGUUGCGUGCAGGAACAGGCAAGAUGUGAACUAGAUUCAAAUGAUGAUGCACAGGGUUGGUUUAUAACUGGUGCCCUUGAAGUUAAUUUCUUGGGCGAUAUAAGCCAUGUAGAAAAGGUUUCUACGAGUAGGAGGGCAGAAGUCGGCCAAUCAGACCAUCGAGGAGGUACCUUUAAUAGGCCCAUAUCAUAUAAGAGACCAGGGAAGUCAUCUUUCUUGAGAGAUCAAUCCCGCUCCCAGCUUCCACCUCAUGGGUCCCUUCCAUGCCAUCAAGUUCAUCCUGGAGUUGGUUCUUCAUUAUAUGAUGUCAAACUGGAUGUGCAGGCAAGCUAUCAGGGCCCGCGUGUGCCUCUUAUUUCUCUCAUGAGCAGAUUCAAUGGCAAAGCUAUUGUUGGCCACCCCAUCACUGUUGAGGUCGUAGAGGAUGCUUACUUGGACACUUCACUUGGAAAUCGCUAUUCAGAAAGUUGCAGCAUUGAUAUGUUUCAUAGCCAUAAAGAGAAUCGAUCCAAGAGAAAGAGAUACAUGAUUGAUGAUACCUCUCUUCUAACUGGAGGUGGCAUUACAUGGAAAUCGGAAAGGAUGGCCUCUGAUCAAUCAAAAGUUUCCCCUACAUUCUCAGGGCGCGUGCCCUGUGAAAACAAAAGAUCUGGUUUCUUGAUUAGAAAGACUCGGCGGCUGUCUUCAAUAGCUGUAGACCACAGGCACAAGAAGGAAGAUAGAAAGGCGGCGGUGGAGAAGGCGAGGAGACCCAUUGCUUGUGUUCCAUUGAAGCUCGUUUUCAGCAGGAUAAAUGAAGCAUUAACCUGUCCAUCUCGUCCAGGAAACCUUCGUUGA